UCAUUUCAUAUUUCGGGAUACCUUAUUAUCGUUGGUCAUGGAGAAGGACAAUCUGCCGCUGCCUCUCGUGCGAAAUUCUUAAAAUGUCUUCAUUUUGUGGUUUUAAGAGUGAUAAACACAAGGAUUAGAUUGAUUCAUUACAAGAUGAAGGGGAAGGGAGAUUAAUAAUGGACUUUGUUCCACACGACUGUUUGCUUAAUGAAUUAGACGGCUGGAUUUCCCUGUUUGCUGUUCCUUUGGUGAGCUACAACCCCGCUUGGCAUGCACGGCCAAGCCGUGCCGGACUACUCUCGGGAAGCUAGCGGUUCAGCGCAUCACUCACAACAAGGGACAAAGUCGCGCAGCUGGUGCGAUCGGUUGGGCAUUUCCAGAGCAGGCAGAGAUCUUUCUGAUUUGUCUCCCUGCACACACAACGGAAAAUCAAGGACUAAUUUGUGCUUUAGAAGGAGACCAAGUAUGAACUGGGCAUCAGUCAUGACGGUUUGGAAACGUUUCAGAGUGAUCUUUGUCAUUGUCGGAGUUCUCUGCAUCAUUAUUGGUGUCUGGGGUCAGGGUCAUAGAGAAGAGACAGAAGAAUUAUUUAAAUUAGGAGCAGCUGAUAUGGAUGUAGAAAGCCAAGUUAGAAAGGCUGUGCAGCCACUUGAACAAAGAAUAGAUGCCAUAGAGAAACAGUAA